GCAUCCCGUAACAUACAGUUCACUUCAUACCCCUUCCUCACUCUACCAACACCCGACACUCUUGGCCUCGUCCAUUUUGAUGGCAUGGUUGGACAUAGUGGUAGAAAUGGAUGCCAAGUAUACUGUGGGUGUAUUGGCCAUUGCCACCCCCAAGGCUCCCAUUAUUUUCCUGCCCUUCUUGAGCCC